UGGGCAGUUAAUCACAUACUGAAACCCAUCUCACAAAUCCUGCCCUGAGCGAACCGUACAGAGAUUCGAAACUAUCAAAUCCAAUCACAAUGGCCAUGGCUGCUCUGAGACGUCAAGGAAUGCGUUUGGUCGCCACUCCCGUAAUGCAUCCAAAUAAUCUCAAUGCUCUACGUCCAUCAUUUUCUCCUUCCGAGGAGAUAGGAUCAUCAGGAGUUCGCUAUAUUUCAACUCAAGUUGUGAGAAACCGCAUGAAGAGUGUUAGAAACAUUCAAAAAAUUACCAAGGCCAUGAAGAUGGUUGCAGCUUCCAAGCUUCGAGCAAUUCAAACUAGAGCUGAAAAUUCUCGUGGUCUCUGGCAGCCAUUCACUGCUCUCCUUGGUGACACUCCAAGUGUCGAUGUGAAGAAGAAUGUCAUUGUGACUAUUUCUUCAGACAAAGGUCUUUGUGGUGGAAUUAAUUCUACAUCUGUCAAGACAAGCAGGAAUAUUCACAAGUUGAAUUCUGGUCCUGAAAAGGAGAACAAGUAUGUUAUUCUUGGAGAAAAGGCAAAGGCUCAGCUGGUUCGAGAUUCAAAGAACGACAUUGAAUUGAUCAUGACUGAGUUGCAGAAGAAUCCACUCAACUAUACACAGGUGUCUGUGCUCGCCGAUGACAUCUUGAAAAAUGUUGAAUUUGAUGCUCUGAGAAUUGUUUUCAACAAGUUUCAAUCUGUUGUCUCAUUUGUGCCAACAAUGGCUACUGUGUUAUCCCCAGAGGUUGUGGAGAGAGAAUCUGAAUCUGGUGGGAAGCUUGCGGAUUUGGAUUCUUAUGAAAUUGAAGGUGCUGAGGCAAAGUCGGAAAUCCUUCAGAAUCUCUCUGAAUUCCAAUUUUCAUGUAUUUUGUUCAAUUCUGUACUAGAGAAUGCUUGCAGUGAACAAGGAGCAAGAAUGUCUGCCAUGGACAGUUCCAGCAGAAAUGCUGGUGACAUGCUUGAUCGGCUCACACUUACCUACAACAGAACCCGUCAAGCAUCCAUCACUACUGAACUGAUAGAGAUCAUCUCUGGGGCAUCAGCACUGGAGGGCUGAUUGCACUUUCUACUGCUCUGAACCUUUGGCUGCUACACUACUAGUGGUUGUUCAACAGUUUUGCUGGUUAAUAAUUUCCUGACUUUCAACGGUUCAGAUCCUUUUCUAGGUGAUACGAUUUUUUUCAAGACAUCUUUUGGUUUCUGAUAUUUAUUAUUGAACUUUAUAUCAAAUAGUGCUUCCACUACUUUUAUAUUAUUAAUAAAAUUUGAAGUUGAUAGGUGCUAAAAA